UACACGUUUAAAUUGAAACUGCCACCACAAACUUAAUUUACCCCUUCUCUCUCAUUCUUCUUCUUCUUCUUCUUCAUCAUCAUCUCCCUGCCAUGAAAGUUUCUGCACUAUGGCUGCUCCUUAUUCUUUAACACUUUUCAUCAUCACCUUCUCCUUGCUUACUUUCCUUCCUCUUUCACUCUCCUCCACCGUGUCGAUUUCGGAAUAUUCUAACCCCUUCAUCUGCGCACUCAUACAUCCCCAAAACCAGAAAUCGUUUCUCAAUUGUACUCGUUUCAAGUUUCCUACAGCUGCAACCGGAAGCAAUGGCGGCGGCAGUCAAAUUCGUCUCAUCAAGAACGCUUCUUCUUCCUUCACUGCUAUAGUUGCCGGAGAUGGCUUCUUAUGCGCCUUGAGGUCCCUGCCGUCUUCUUCCUCCAAUACUAAUUCGUCUUUGAGCUGCUGGAGGUUGUCUGGCAAUCAUAAGCGCAUCUACCACGGCCCCCCUCUCAAGCAACUUGUUGCUGGAAAUUCUCACGUUUGCGGCCUUAUUGAGGAUGGGUCUAGUACUAGUAGUCGCCUCCAGUGCUGGCAAUGGCAUUGGUUUAACAAAAGAAUGAUCAGUAGACACAACUACGGAUUUUCAAGCAUCGCGGUGGGAGAAAAUUUUGUAUGCGGAGUAUCACAAAUUGGAAAGGUUACUUGCUUAGGAAGCAAUUAUUUGGUGGUUGGGAAGGGGCCCAGCGCUAUCAAUGGCAAGAAUGUUUACGGAGCUGUGAGUGCAGGUUUCCGUCAUGCAUGUGCCAUCUCAUCGGUUGAUAGCAGUUUGGAUUGCUGGGGAGAUAUGAAGGGUGAGAAACCUCAGGGGAGUUUCACGUCUCUGGCCUUGGGAGAAAACCGCAGCUGUGCUCUCAGGCGCAACGGAACAGUUGUUUGUUGGGGGGAAAACAACUUCAGCAUGCCCGAUAUACUGAAAGAUACAUACUUCACAGCAAUUGAAGCAAAACGCAGCGUCUUCUGCGGAGUUUCAUCAUCCAAUUUUUCCUUGUAUUGUUGGGGCAACCCAAUUUUUAACGCCUCAAACAAUUUCACGGUAUUCGGAAGUGAUGUGCAACCGGGGUCAUGUACAAGGGAAUGUCCGCACGGCAGCAAUCCAUUGCCAGGCUAUGGUAGAUUCUGUGAACACGGAUAUAAAGUCUGCCAACCUUGUCAGCCGAAUGAUGGAACGUCGCCGGGGCCGGGGCCAUCGCCGCCGCCAUCGCCGCCAUCAGAACCAGGAAGUAGUAAGUGGAGCCGAAAAAUGGUUGCUUUUCUUGUAGUCGGUUGUGUUGGGUCCUUAGCUUUUGUGGUGUCGGUAUGUUUCUUUGUGUUCAAGUAUUGCAAAACUGGAGUUGGAGGAUCCCGUGUUCAUGACUCAGGCCCCUUGGAUGACCAGCCCCAGUUACAAGCCGAGGAAGGUGCAGCGGCAAUGGCAGGGACACCGGUGUUAGAGAAGCGGCUAAGCCAUUUGGUGAGCAAUGGGGCUUCCUUGGAGGAAUUUCCACUGCAACUACUACUCGAAGCCACCUCCAAUUUCUCCGAAGAACACAAGGUCGGAACUGGCAGCUACGGCUCUGUCUACCACGCCACAUUAGAUGAUGGUCGAAAAGUGGCCAUCAAGCGUGCUGAGACGUCAAUCUCUUCAUCACACGGAGGCUACACAAAGCGCCAGCAGGACAAGGACUGUGCUUUUGUAAACGAGCUCGAGUCCCUUUCACGCCUCAACCACAAGAACUUGGUUCAAUUACUUGGAUUCUUCGAAGAUGCAAAAGAGCGAAUACUCGUGUAUGAAUACCUGGAAAAUGGCUCCCUCCAUGACCAUCUCCACGAGCUCCCACACUCCCCUUUGCUCUCAUGGGCCAAGCGCAUCGAAGUGGCUCUUGAUGCAGCCCGAGCGAUCGAGUACCUACAUGUGUAUGCAAUCCCACCAGUCAUACACCGCGACAUUAAGUCAUCCAACAUACUGUUGGAUGACACAUUGAGGGGCAAGGUAGCCGAUUUUGGCCUAUCUUUGAUGGGGCCGGAGGAUGAAGAAACUCACCUUUCGCUUGGCGCGGCUGGCACAUUUGGGUACAUGGACCCGGAGUACUAUAGGCUUCGUCGUCUAACUUCCAAGAGUGAUGUUUAUAGCUUCGGAGUGGUGUUGCUUGAAUUGUUGUCCGGUUACAACGCAAUUCACAAAAAUGAGAACGGGAUGCCAAGAAAUGUUGUUGAUUUUGUCGUGCCGUACAUUGCGAAUGACGAGAUACACCGGAUUUUGGAUCCAAGAGUGGCACCCCCAACGCCGUUUGAAAUAGAGGCAGUGGCAUAUGUUGGGUACUUGGCAGCGGACUGUGUAAGACUACAAGGUAGUGACAGGCCAACCAUGACUCACAUUGUAAGUUGCUUGGAAAAUGCGUCGGCUUAUUUUUUGGCACACCCUUCUCACUCUCGUUCCAGUUCCACGACUGAAUCCACGUGAUGAUGUAAUGGUGCCAUGACGGUGUCAAGUUUUGUAGAGCAAAAACCAUUCACUUCCUUUUCAUUUUCCAAUUUUUUAUGUGCAUAUAUUGGACCUUUUUUUGUUUUCUUAAUCUUCUUGGCAUUUGCUGAUUGGUCAAGACAGAAAGUGUAUAUAAUUAUAUGUGUAAAUUGCAACCACUGGAUUUCAAGCCAGGACCUUUUCUUUUCUUCAA